CUCUUACAUAUAUAUUUUUUCCGUGCGUGUUAUAAUAACGAAGCGUAGUCAGCAGUGUGAUCUAAAAGUCGAAAAGUCUUCAAAUUUUUGUCGUUGGUCGCGUUAAAAAUAUACACACAUAAGUAUUUUUGUGCAACAACAACAAAUGCUCUACCCAUAUAUAUAAAAUAUAUUUUUUUAUAUACACCAAGUCAAAUCGAAUCAUCGCUAAACGAAAUUCAAAUACCGACGUCUGUCUAUUGUCGACACUGGCAAAGAAUCUAUCAAAAUCGUCAAGCAAAGCAUUCAACUGACAAUUUCAACUGAAAAGCAAAGAAAUUUAGUGAAAAAAGUAAACGAGAGAAAGAGAGAGAGUAAAAAGUGUACUGAUAACAAUCAAAAUGAGCGAUUCAAUCAAGUUUGGUCCAGAGUGGUUGAGAAAUAGCAUGUCAAAUGACACGGGCGGUUUGUCGUCAUCGACUGGUAUGGGCAGUGGAGGAGGCCUAUCAUAUAACAGUCAAAGUACAAGAUUUCCGUUAGCUGAAUAUCGAUACGGGAGAGAGGAAAUGCUGUCGUUAUAUGAUAAAAAUUUUAAAAUACCAGAACUACUGCCAAAAUACAACAAGCUAUACAUUGAAAAAAUGCAGUGUCCAUUGGCCUUAUUGCCACCAUCAGCCGACGAAGAAGCGCCACGAGGAUUAACGCCAAUUGGUGGUUUGUCGGGCGAUCGAAGCGCUUUAGGUUUAACAAAUAGUUCAAGUGGUAGUGCUUUGGGCGGUAUGAGCAGUACGCUUGGAAUGUCGGGCCGUGGAAUACGUGGCACCUCAAUAGAUCGUGGCAGAGGCCGUGCAUCAAGAGGCGGUCUAUAUCAUCCAUCACUCGGUAGCUAUCAGCGAUCGGGUUUCAUGUACGAUGAAGACUCACGUGGAAUUGGUGCGAGAGGCGAACGCUCUUGGUCGGAACGAAAUGGCAGCGAAACGGAUUGGAAUGCGACAGCAAACGGAAGUCCAAGCCCAAGAAAAGAUUUCACCUCACUGAGAUCGGGCAGUUCGGGUGAAAGUUGGCGACGCAGUCGAGUUGAAGACGACGGGACAAUUUUGAAUGGAACGGCAAACGAGGGUUGGCGAACGUCUACAUCAUCUUCAAGUAAUAGCAUGUACAAGUGGCCUGUUCGUUCAACAAGUUGGCGAGGUGGUGAAAAUGAUCCGGGCUCAAGUGCAGGUGGAUUUAGUUCGGAUUCAAGUGGACCACCUAGAUUAGAGCGUUCAAAAUCAACACAAGGUAGUUUGCAGAGUCGAGAACAUCCGCCAGAUUCUUCAAAUCAUCCGGGUUCAGGAAUAAAUCGGCGAUUUGGCCUGAAUGCGUCAUGGGACGAAGACAAUCUACCCGAAUGGGCAAUGGAUGAGCCCAUCGAAGGCGGUGGUAGUUUUGAUGCGACUGGCGCAUUUCUGGGCGCUGAUGAUAAAAAUAUGGGCGAAAAACAGAAAAUAUCGGAUACAUUGCAACCAACUUCACAACCGAAUGAAAAAGGUGAUCAAAAAUCAAUGGAACCAGCAUGUGACAAUAAAGCGACUGAUAAACAUGGGAAAAAUGCUGCCGAAAUUAUGCGCACAAAAGAAAAAUUGGAAACGUCAAAUUCAAAUGCUCUCGAUGAUCUGCCGAAUGAGUCGUUUAAGAAGGAUGACAGUCUUAUAAUCGCAAAAGAAAAAGAACUGAAUCCAAACGAAUCGGAGGUCAAGCCAAUAAAUGAUGAGAAAACAUCGUUGAAUAAUCAGCAGCAGGUGACAUCGAUGAGUGUUGGUUCAUCAUACAAAAAUACCUCAACAUACAUUGCGUCUGAGAAACGUGAAGCAGUGCCUAAAUCGAUUGGCAUCACGGAUAAAACGAAUGUAGUUUCGGAUUCAACGCCAAUCGAUCGACUGCAAGAGGUGGCCGAAGAUAUUGAAAAACUAAUCAUGGACGAUGACCAAUCGUGUAAUGAAAGCGAUAAUGAAGCACUAUUGACGUCAUCACAUAUACAUGCUCGCGAUGCACCCAAGCAUCCGAUUGUGAAUGAUGUAUUAAAUGAAAAAACGAAAGAAACCGAUCGAUGGUUCUAUCGUGAUCCACAAGGUAAGGUGCAAGGACCGUUCACCGCAACCGAAAUGCUUGAAUGGUAUCGAGCCGGUUACUUUGAUGAAACAUUGAAUGUACGACGCGUAUGUGAUCCACAAUUCAUUGAACUUGGCGAUUUGCUGAAAGCAUGCAGCGGUUCAAUUCCAUUUAUAUCAAUGCCGGCACCGCCGCCAAUCAUCCCACCAUUGUUACAAAGUCAAGCCAACGAAAUCAAUUUAAGCACCGCAUCAAGUGUCAAACCAUCAACACCAAUCAAACCAUUAGCCAAUCCAUUAGUUCAUACGGGCAAACUGCCACCACCCACAUCUGCCAAUAAUCCACCCUUUUUCGACAUUUUGCCAACGCAAAAUUUCCUUGGUCUUAUGAAUCCGCCGGCAAAUGAAUUUCUCUUAUCGAAUUCACUGCCUAAGCAUCCGAAUUCGGCCAUACCAACAUUGCCGAACCCAUUGAGCAAACAAACACAUCUGAAAAAUCAACAUCAAACCCAAUCAUUGCAACAUCUUUUAAGCCAACACAAAAAUGAUUUCAAUCCAUCCGAUUCGGUUGAUCCGAUGCAUCACAUGUUAAAUUCCAUAAAUCAUCAACAAAUCUCACCACCAGUUGGAAUUCUACCGCAAGUACCGACAAUUCCGCCACAAACUACCACACAAAACAGUCCAUUCCAAACUAUGUUGAUGCAGAUUCGAAUGCAUAAUCAACAGCAACAUUUGCAACAGCAAAUUCAACAACAUCAUCAACAAUCACUCAUAAUGAAUGCGAUGAAUUCACCGUCGUUGCCGUUGCCUCAUCAUUCCAUCGACGAGACACAGCAUCAACAUCAACCGGCUGGUAUUUGGGAUUUACCAAUUCCACCAGCCAAUGUUAGUGCGCCCCCAGUUGUGCCAAGUUCAUCGAUGAAAACUGAAAUGCAAAUCAUCGAACAAUUUAAAUUCGAGAAUCAAUCUGCUCAACAACUAGAUCAAUGGAAGAAACAGCAUCAAGCAUUACAUCAACCACCACCACAACAAAUGCCCCACCAUCAAGAUGUUCAACAGAUAACACCGUCGUCGCUAGUACUUGAUAAUACCCCGUCUGAAUUAUUGCAACAAACUGACAUCUUCCGAACGAAGAACGAAAAUAUCAAAGAACAUGAAGCAAAUCGUGUAACGGCAAAACAAGCCCAGGCUAAAAUCGAUACAUCAACCGGUGUAAAACAACCGACAUCGGACCAACUAAAAUCCAAUCUCAUUAAAAUCAAUCGAAAUGCACUUGAAAAUGAUGAGAAGCAAGUGGAUAAGAUCGAUACAAAAGCAAAUAUUAAGAAACCAGCCACAACUGUCGUUGCAAAUGUCACAAAACCAUUGGUGAAUGAGACAAAGGUUCAACAAAAACCAACAAGCAUUUUGAGUUCAAGCGAUGUUGCUAACAAAGCUUAUAAUAACAUCAAUGUAAUAAAUGCGACAGCAGCGCCAAAGAGUUCAGUGAAAGAGAGUACAAAGAAAAAGUCGAAGGAAAAGGACCAAAAAGUCGCCGAAGAAAAGCGACGACAACAGGAAGAAGAGGAGGAAAGAAAACGACUUGAACUGAUUGCCGCUCAACGCAAAGCAAAAUUAGUUGAUCAAAAUGCCAUUCGCCCCGAACAACCCAAACGUAACAAUUUGGCUGCAUCUGUCGCACCUUGGUCAAACAUAACGGAUAAUGCUAGUACAAUGGCAUCUGCGUCACCGCUCACACUGGCUGAAAUUCAAAAGGCCGAACGUGAACGACGUUCCGAAUUGUAUCGCAUUGAACAAGCGCAACAGCAAAAUCAAGCAAUUAUGGAACAACAGCAACAAAAGGAGGUACUCAAAUGGAAGCUGAAACCGCAACAAAACCAAGCAAAGUCAUUGGCCGAAAUUCAGGCGGAAGAGAGCAAGGCUAGACAAACCAUUCAACAAAUUUCGGCGGCAAAUGCGGCACAGCAAAAGCAACAAAAUGCCAAGAAAGAGGAAAAAUGGGCAUCAGUGUCUCAGUGGUCAAUGAUUUGGGGUAAUGAUGGGGCAACGAUGGCAUCAAGUAACGGCAGUGCCAAUUGCUUCUGGGAGGAACCAGCCAAGGUACCACCACCACCACCACCGUCAACAAAACCAAAUAUUCAACAAAAUGGCACUGGCAAACCGUUGGCCAAGAGUCAAACAGUAUCAAAUAUGCAAACGAUUGCAAAUAAUCCGAAAGCCAAUCAAAAUGCAUCCAAAACCAAUACGACAAUAUCGAAAACCAAUUCGAGCAGCAACAUCACAACCGCUGCCAAUUCAACUCCAAACAAUAGCAACAAGAAAGCUAAAGGCAGCAAUGCAAAUUCGAAAAAAGAUGGAGAUGAUGAGUUUGGUGCUUGGUGCGCUAAGGCACUUGCAGCCCAUAAUGAUUAUAUUGAUGUGCCAACAUUUGUGUCUUUUUUGCGUGACAUUGAGUCACCGUUUGAGGUCAAGGACUACAUUCGGAUGUAUUUAGGUGAAACAAAGGAAUGCGGUGAAUUUGCAAAACAUUUCCUCGAACGUCGCAGCAAAUAUAAGAAUCAACAACGUGCCGCCAAUGCACACAUUGAUGAUAUGUCAUCUCCAGCACCGGCUUUAACACCUGGCUUAACGUCAGCUAGUGAUGGUCAAGAGGCCAAGAGCAAGGCAAAAAAGGACAAAAAGAAAAGCAAAAUGACAAAGCUUGAUUCGCGAAUUUUGGGUUUCUCAGUAACAUCGGCGGAGGAUCGAUUGAAUGUUGGUGCACGAGAUUAUGGUGGUGCACGUGAUGGACCAUAAACGAAACGUUGUCACAUAUAUAACAACAGCAAAACACAAUAUUUACACCAUUCACAACUGAUGAUAAUAAAAAUGGAAAACAGACAAAAUGACAUUUUCAAAUGAUGAAACAAACAAAUUAUGAAUUUACAGUAAAAACAAAGCGAAAAAAGAACAACAACAGAGCAGCCGCAAUUUCAAAUCAUUGGAAUUCUUUUUCAUUUUAAAAACAUUUUCCUUCAUUUUAUUUCCGUUUGUUUUAAUAAAAAAGAACUAACUGCAUGGGUUAAAGAAAAGAAGUAGAAACAUUUAAAAAGUUGGCAUUUUAUGUGAAAGAAAAAUCAACACGACAGCCAAUUCUUGUAAAACAAAAAUUGAUUUCCCAAUGUUAAAAUAAAAUCUAUUAUUCAUUCA